GGGACAAACUUUGUUGGCCAAUGGAAUACGAUGACUUCGGCAUAUCAAUGAAUCCUUCUGCGGAGAAGAUGGAUACAAGAAUACAACCAUACAAACCUCACUUGAUGGUCAGCAUCACUGUUGGUACCGAAUACCACAUAAGCAAUCGCCGGUUAAGUAUGGUAAAGUACGAACACACCACAACGGCAAAACAAAGCACCUAUUGAGACAAGGACAAUCCCUACUUUCCACGACUCGACCACUCACGACACUUCCUAUACCGCAAAACCAUGGCGUCAAACCACCAAAAUGGAGCAAGCCCGGCCUCAAGAUUCGACCCCACCUUCACACGUAAGGUGAUUGAAGCCACGGGCCCCAAGGCCAGCCCACGAGUGCGAAAGGUGAUGGGCAGCCUCAUCCAACACGUCCAUGAUUUCGCGCGGGAGAACGAAAUCACGGUUGCGGAAUGGAUGGCGGCGGUGGAGAUGAUGAAUUGGGCGGGGAAAAUGAGUGAUGAGAAGAGGAAUGAGGGGCAGCUCAUGUGUGAUGUCAUUGGUCUCGAAUCGUAUGUUAUUCUACAAUGUUUACAAUGAAUGAUGAAGAAUGCAAGAUUGGAAUUGCUGAUUGGAGUUUUUUAGUCUUGUUGAUGAAAUUGCCUUCAAACAAGCUUCUGAGGCGGAUGAUGCUGCGACUGCUAGUGCUAUUCUUGGACCGUUUUUUCGUCAUGAUGCCCCCAUUUUGGAGAUGGAGGCGAGUAUUGUUCAUGGUGUUGAUGAUGGCGAGAUGACUUAUAUGCAUGGGAUCGUUAAAGAUUUGAAGACUAAGCAGCCUGUGAAAGAUGCGUGGAUUGAUGUGUGGCAAGGUUAGUACUAUCCAAGCUAUAACCAUCCCAUCCCCGAGGCUGUCUUCAAGGCGCUGGAAUCCCUUCCAUCUCAAAACAAUAUCCUAUUCCUACUGAGAUCCUGAUCCAUUCCCAAAAACCCACAACACUAACCCCAUCAAGCAUCAACCAACGGCCUCUACGAACAACAAGACAAAGAUCAAAUCGAGCACAACCUCCGCGGGAAAUUCAAGACAGAUUCCACCGGUCGCUACGCAUUCUACUGCCUACGACCAACACCAUACCCAGUCCCCAACGACGGUCAGUAAGCCCCUUUCCCCCUCCCUUUCUCCAUGAAUGAUGCCUAACACCCCCCCAGGUCCCACAGGAAAACUCCUAGAGAUUCUAGACAGACAUCCCUACCGACCCGCCCACAUCCAUCUCAUCGUUCGUUCCCCUCAAACCCCACAUCUCUUCACACCUUCUAUUCUUCCUUUCUUCUUUUCGUCUCUCGCUAAAACACAUCCCAGGUACAAAAAGACGGAUACAAACCCGUAACCACGCAAAUCUUCGACUCGGAAGAUCCGUAUCUAGCAAACGACUCCGUGUUUGCAGUCAAAGACUCUCUAGUCGUUGAUUUCAAGCCCAUCGAGGGUAACCCCAAGGCGGUUAGGGAGUUGGAAUAUCCGAUUUUUAUCAUUCCGAGUGAGAUGUAGGGUUUGGGUUGUUUUUGCGUGUUGAUGUUUUGGGAGUGGUAUGUGGAUUUUUGAAGUGCUGUGGGGUAGGGGAGGUAUAGUAUGGGAUGUUUGGAUGAUACUUGG